GGGGGAGUAGUCACUGGCACGGUAAGCUCCUAAGCCUCUUUUUGUUUGUUCGUUCGUUCGUUCUUAGGCUGUUAAAAUGUUUGUUUGGAUAUAUCCCCUUGCCCCUUCUCGCCAACAGAAUUUGAAAAAAGGCACUAGUCUGAAUGAACAGUUAAACAUAGUGAUCAGGAAGGGAGACUACGGGGGCCCGGUCCGGUCCCCUGAUAUUAGGGUUCAAAUUCCCAGUUGGGCUCUUCAAGAGGCUGCGGUCACUUUUUGCGCUUCCAGACCAGGAUGGGGAGUCCGCGGUUACGUAGCAGGUAUUUCAGAACCGCUUCUUGCCGGGAACCUAGGGCUUCGGGUACUCGCGGCGUGGGGCGGAUGCGCACGCGCGGCCGGGGUACCUCAUGGGCUGCCGAAUAGAUCGCCUGACGCGGUAACUUCGCGGGCCUAACUAAAUUUCCAGAUACACGGUUACUAAAUUUCCACACACACCGCACACUGCCAGCAGCCUCUAUACACACUACGGCACGCGCCGCGCGCAAAAAACGCUGCCUAAAUUGGCGCUCCUGGGCCACAGCACCAGAACCGCCAAAUUUGAAACACAAACUUCGGCACGCGACCACCGGGCAGCACGGGCGAGGUGCUCAAAUCAAUUCUACCUAUAAUGAAAAAGGGACUGCCAAGGACCCGGCGUUCGACGCCAUGUCACUGAUUUCAAUAUCGAGGCGGUGCCUGGUGUUCCUCGGCCGUAGUACA